AUGGACGACACCGCGAGGCUUGUCUCAGAUCUGCACCAAAAGCUCGCCCACCUCGACGGCAAGGUCGCUGCUUACCAGCGCGACAUGCUUGCCGAGUUUCACCGGUACAUGGACGACUGUCUGAAAAACUACCCAGUCCACGUUUCGUCCGAGGUCUCCCGAGUCAUGGCCGAGUCCAUGCACAAGUACCCGGCCCUCACCUUGAUGGCCCGCGACGCCCGCGACGCCCGCGACGCUGAAAGUCCUCGACCUCAGUCGCCCACAAACAAGAUCCUCGACAGUGAAGCCCUUCCCAGAGACGUUCGCAAGUCGCCUCCGCCCAUUUUGUACCAUACAUCCGGCACCCCGAAGGAAGGCCCAAGAAGCCCCCAUGAGCGCGAGAGAGAGUUCCAAGGCUUGUUCACUCCUAGAUACCUGCCCCUGCUCGAUAGCACCCACCGCGGCCUGCAGUCACCCCCGGAGUCGCCAGUGCCCACGCCGCUGCCGCUUCCCUUGUCUCAAGAUAAUGUGAAGAAAGUGGAGGACUUCAAGGAGCCAGAGGCCAUGUUGAAGCUUGAAAUCCGCCCGACCCCGGUCAGACGGAUGACCGACCGAUCCUCAUCGUCAGUUGAGUCGUCGGCUUCUGGAAGCGACUCAAAAUUGCGAAGGAGCGCUUUGCGACGUUCUUCGAGUUCAACCAAGGGCAGCCCGCGCCGGGUGCGUUUCGAAUUUGCGGGUGAGGAGGUGUUUCCAUCGACUUCUCCCCAGGACACUUCUGCCGUUACAGUCCCGCCCCUGUUCAGUGGGGAUGAUGGGGCAGAUGGGGCGCAGACUCCUCCUCCUCCCCCUCCUCAACUGGAGGCCGCUGCGCCUAUCAUACCCUCGAUAAACGAACCACCUGCGUAUAGCGGAACAUCGUUGCUUGACGUUGAAGGCGAGGAGGACGCGCUGCCGAGGCCUAAGAAAGUCUCGUCCACACAAGCACUUCGCGCGCUUUCUCGGAACGCCCCCCUAGAUGCCGGAACUUGGACAGAGGUGAAUGCGGACUUGGAAGAGACGCCCAAGAUGAACGGCGGAACGCAAGAGAAUAGCGCCCUACAGCAAGACCAGCCGUCAGGGCAGUUUUCCGGAGGAAUGCCACAAGACGGUCAGCGUCACGAACAGCUUCAUCCUCAAGCAGAGAAUCUCACAAAACACAAAGUCGAGACCAAAUCUUCCCCUCUCGCACACCAUGUUGUAACGCAACAGCCCAAUGGCGACCAGAGUCUCGGGUCCCCACUGGAAGAGUUGCAACGGGAUGAAGACGACGACAGUUCCGACGACGACGAAUUUCUCUCGAUGAAACCGAAGAAAAAGCCAAUCUCGCCAACUAUUCGAAGCUCAUUUGGGCGGCUACCUACGAUCUCUGAGACCGCUCAAAACACUGCAAGGUCUUCACCCAACAACGCCGCUCAUACUAAAUCGCCGGCGGUGGAUGAGUUUGGUAAAGGGAAGGUGGUGGAUGACGUACCCGAAGAUGCCUUCUUUGACUUUGAGGGAGAGGGCAUCUCUACUGGUGUAGAAUCCGAUACAGAGAAGUACAUCGCCGAAGAUGAUUCCGAUGAUGACGACAACGACGCUGCUGCGAGCAAGAUACCACCCGAAGAACGCCCGAGAGUGGCCUCCAUAGCCAGCGGAUCUAAUGCGCAGACUGAACCAGCCCCAGUCCGCAAGAUUCCUCCGGCCACGCCAUCGGCCGCCUUGUUUGGCCACUCGGUCGGAUCGUACAAGGGAACUUCCAUGCGGAUGAACCCCAUCAGCAACCCGAAGCUGUACGAUGAGAUUGCUGGCAUGAGAAACGUACACACCUUUGUUGGUAGUGUCGAUGGACGCAGCGGCGUGGAGGCUAUUGAUAUGGGGAGCUACCGUGCAUAUUUGGUUAAGAACCAUGCCAGUGCUACCCCCCGCAGUUUCACGGAGCGAUUGGCAUUUGAAGAGGCUAUGGAGCGGAGGAGGUCAAUGAGGGACUCGGACAACGAAGAUGUGUAG